AUGAUAAGCACUAUCAGCGGUGGCCCUACCGUUGCGGGCAUGAGCCACCGUUCUAUGAAACAGUAUGUGCGUGCCGCACAGUUUUCUCAGGUGCUCGGAAUAGAGGUGAAUCGGCACCAGGAAGUACCCAAAGUGAAUUGGGAGCCGAUCACAUUUUGCCAAGAGGAAGAAGAGGGAAUCCUCUAUCCCCACGACGACCCGAUGAUCAUCCGAGCCGAGAUUGCCGAUUAUGAUGUAGGGCGAGUGCUGAUCGAUACUGGGAGUUCCGUGAGCGUGAUCUUCGUUGAAGCUUUCAGAGAAAUGGGAAUCAGCGACAACCAAGUCGAUCGGCAGUUGACGCCGCUGUUGAGCUUCUCUGGAGACUUGGUCCAGCCCAUCGGUAGUGUCAGGCUGCCGAUUACAUUCGGCACUUCGCCAAGAAGGGCGACGACGUACGAUCAAUUCCUCAUCGUCGAUUGCCCGACGGCAUACAACGUCAUCGUUGGCCGAACGGCACUGACGAAGAUCAAGGCGCACCUUUCACCUCACAUGCUGUUGAUGAAGUUCCCAACCCCGAACGGAACGGGGGCAAUCCGGGGAAAUCAAUUGAGUGCGCGGACUUGCUACGCUACGGCCCUCAAGGCGACCUCGUUCAAACUCCCCGACGAGACCAUGACUGUGCAAGGGUUGCCGAACGGUACGGGACCGGUUGACGAUCCCCGAGAUGAAUCGCCCACCAUUCACACGCACCCCGCCGAGGAACUGGAGACCAUAACCUUGAGUGAUGAGCAACCCGAUCGACAAGUCCGGAUCGGCACAAGACUCACUGCGAACCUCCGAACGCAAUUCAUAGAAUUCUUGCGGCACCAUUCGGAAGUAUUCGCGUGGUCUUACGAGGACAUGCCCGGCAUCGCCCCGGACGUCAUCAGCCAUAAACUUACCAUUUCCCCCGCUUAUAAGCCCGUAAGGCAGAAGCGCCGUUCAUACGACGCCGAACGGUACGAGGCGAUGCGCACCGAAGUUGAAAAACUUCAGACCAUCGGCUUCAUCCGGGAGGCAACGUAUCCGGUAUGGUUGGCAAAUUCCGUCAUGGUAAGAAAGUCCGCGGGCGGGUGGCGAAUGUGCCAAGACUAUACCGACCUGAACAAGGCUUGCCCGAAGGACAGCUUUCCGUUACCACGGAUAGACCAGCUCGUGGACGCCACUGCCGGCCACGAACUGCUGAGCUUUAUGGAUGCCUAUUCCGGCUACAAUCAGAUAUUCAUGCACCCUCCCGAUAGCGAACACACCGCAUUCAUAACGGACAAAGGGUUGUACUGUUAUAAUGUCAUGCCGUUCGGUCUGAAGAACGCGGGGGCAACUUAUCAAAGGCUCGUCAACAAAAUCUUCGCCGGUUACAUCGGCAACAUCAUGGAGGUUUACGUUGACGACAUGCUGGUAAAAAGCAGAACCGCCGAAGACCACCUGCAGAACUUAUCGAUCAUGUUCGGCAUACUGAAAAAUUACCGGAUGAGGCUGAACCCGAAGAAAUGCGCCUUCGGUGUAUCUUCCGGGAAAUUCCUCGGAUUCAUGAUCAGUCAGAGGGGGAUCGAGGCGAAUCCCGAGAAAAUAAAGGCAAUUAUCGAUAUGGAGAGGCCGAGGACGAUGAAGGACAUCCAGAGCCUUACCGGACGCGUGGCCGCCCUGCCCCGCUUCAUAUCGAAGGCUACCGAUAAAUGUGUACCGUUCUUCAAAGCCUUGAAAGGGGGCAAACGGGAUAUCACAUGGACUGCCGAAUGCGAUAACGCAUUUCAAGCCCUGAAGAACUACAUGAGCAAAGCCCCCCUUUUGUCAAAACCGCUGCCUGGAGAAAUUCUCUACCUAUACCUUUCGGUAUCAGGAACUGCCGUCAGCUCUGUAUUAAUUCGAAAACCGGAGAAGGCAGAACUACCAAUUUUCUAUGUCAGCAAGGCACUCCAAAGUGCGGAACUUCGGUAUCCCCCACUAGAGCAGCUGGCUCUAGCCCUUGUUGUCUCGACACGAAGACUUCGGCCGUACUUCCAGGCGCAUGGAAUCAAAGUCUUGACCAACCAACCGCUCCGGCAAGUGCUCCAGAAACCAGAAAUUUCUGGCCGAUUGAUCAAAUGGGCAAUCGAACUUGGAGAAUUCGACAUACAGUUCGUCCCGAGGCCAGCCGAAAAAGGCCAGGCUGUUGCCGAUUUCAUCUCCGAGCUCACCCCAUCAACGGCACAGCCGACGCCCGAGGCAGUUACCGGGAUCGCUCUGCCGGACGCAAUGGACACCGAACGGUUUGACACCACAACUCCCAUAUGGGAUUUGCACGUCGACGGCUCGGCAAACCAGCAAGGGUGCGGAGCAGGCUUGGUACUGACGACACCGGACGGACUGAAGAUCGAGGACGCCCUCCGAUUCGACUUCCGGACCUCCAACAACGAAGCGGAAUAUGAGGCACUCUUGGCCGGCCUUCGGUUAGCCAAGAGCAUGAAUGCAAAGCAAGUCCGAAUUCACAGCGACUCCCAGCUCGUUGUGAACCAGGUAACGGCAGACUUCGCCGCCAAGGAUGCCUCCAUGCACGCCUACCUUUCAACCGCCCAUCAGCUACUCCGAAGUUUCCAAGCAUACGAGAUCAAACAGAUCCCCAGGGGCGAAAACAGCCAUGCCGAUGCUUUGGCAAGACUCGCUUCGGCGAUAAACGACAAAGUCGGAAGAAAGGUACCGGUGGAGAUCCUUGCCCAACCGAGCACGGUAACCUCCGAAGCGUGUGCCGUACGGUAUGAGGAUACAUGGAUGUCUCCCAUCUACUUAUACCUGACGAACGGCACCCUUCCUGAGGAUAAAGCCCAGGCCCGGAAGCUGAAAUACCGAUCAGCAAGAUACACAGUCAUCAACGAUGUACUCUACAAACGUGGCUACACCACCCCGUAUCUGAAAUGUCUCACGGCAGAACGUGGGGACUACGUCCUUCGGGAAAUUCACAACGGUGUAUGUGGCGACCAUUCCGGGUCCCGAUCCCUCGCCUACAAAGUCUUUCGGCAGGGAUACUUUUGGCCAACCAUGCAUCAGGACGCCAAUACACUGGUGAGGAAGUGCGACAAAUGCCAACGCUUCGGUAACGUGCCACAUAUCCCUGCUGAACCUCUCACACCGAUUAUAAGUCCUUGGCCUUUCGCACAAUGGGGACUGGACCUGAUUGGCCCAAUGCCGCAAGGCAAGGGGCAGCUAGACAAGGCCAAAGGAGCCUGGCCGGAAAAGCUUCCAGAGGCACUUUGGGCCAUUCGGACGUCCUACCGAACGUCCACAGGAGAAACCCCUUUUUCCUUGGCCUUUGGUUCGGAAGCGGUGGUGCCUGUAGAAAUCGGCGAGCCUUCCUACCGAACGGAAACCUUCGCGCCCAAGCAGAACGAGGAGGCCAUGUCUCUUAGCCUUGACCUGCUCGAGGAACACCGAGCACAGGCCAACCUUCGGAAUGAAGCCUACAAGCAGCGUGUGUCUCGGUAUUACGACUCUAGGGUCCGACCCCGCUCUUUCCGAAUCGGGGACUGGGUCAUGCGCAAGGUAUCGCUUGCAACGAAGGAUACCACGGAAGGAACCCUCGGCCCUUCCUGGGAAGGACCUUAUGAAAUCAUCGGCAUCCUUCGCUCGGGAACCUACCGAUUGCGAGGCUCCAACGGCAAGGCCCUCGGCCAUCCUUGGAACGUAGAACACCUCAAGUACUACUACAAGUGA